GAUACAUGCAAUCGAUGCGCCUAGCUAGCCUAGCAAGCGGAUAGCAAGCUAGGACUCCUCGGCUCGUUAAAUCAGAUAUUUGAUACCAUAGCAAAUCCAAAUGUCCUCGGGAAAGCGAAUAUAUAAUUGAUAAAUGUCUACAGUGUGACAAAGCAAAGGUGGAGGGUUGAAGGCCGUGCUUUUGUGGCAGGUUGAGUUGACUCUACAGGGGAAGAUGUGCAAUGGAAUGAUAGAGUCAACAUCAAAAGCCUUGUUGGCCCCCACCUCAGCCACUGUACAGUCCUCCUUGUUGUUGUUGGUUUUAACUGCAGUGUCCACUGGACAAGGGUCAGGAUGUGUGAGACCAUACAUGGUCCAGAAUAGCUGGGUAAACCUCACAGAAACCAACAGGGGCUCGUUCCCUGUGGGCACAGUCCUGCAGUACAGCUGUGACCCUGGUUACCUGCCAGACGGACCCAGCAUCCUCACCUGCACCACACUGGGACUCUGGACGUCUGACCCUCCUCACUGUAUACGCAGUGGAGCAUGUCUACCCCUCUCCAAACCUGAGAAUGGGGGCUAUACCUGCCACCCAACUCCUUGUCGUAUGUUUUCCCAUGGCACUGUGAUUGAGUUCUUUUGUGAUGAGGGCUUCAUUCUCACCGGGGACUACUACUACCUGACAUGUCUGGAUGGACAGUGGGACGGCCCCAUGCAGAUCAGCUGUGUGAGCCAAGGUUGUAUCAGACCGUCUACAGUGCAGCAUGGCUCGACUAAUCUGACAGACACCAACAGGAACUUGUUCCCUGUUGGCACAGUCCUGCAGUACAGCUGUGAUGCGGGUUACCUGCCCGACGGACCCAGCAUCCUCACCUGCACUUCACUGGGACGCUGGUCCUCUGAACCUCCUCGCUGUGUACACAGUGAUGGUUGUAUCAGACCGUCUACAGUGCAGCAUGGCUCUACUAAUCUGACAGAAACCAACAAGAGCUCGUUCCCUGUGGGCACAGUCCUGGAGUACAGCUGUGAUCCGGGUUACCUGGCAGAUGGAGCCAACAUCCUCACCUGCACCACACUGGGACACUGGUCCUCUCAGCCUCCUCGCUGUGUACGCAGUGAUGUGUGCCAGCCUCCAUAUCAACCAGAGAACGGGGGCUACUCCUGCCACCCCUCCACAUGUGGAAGACUCUCUCAUGGCACUGUGGUUGAAUAUUUCUGUGAUGAAGGUUAUAUUCUGAAAGGAGACUAUAAAUACCUGACCUGUCAGUAUGGGGAAUGGGACAGCCAAAUGAAACUCAGUUGCCUCAUGGAGCAAGACAGUGAUCCUACUCUACCACUGGGGAUGCCCGCCUUGUCCAUAGUUGCAUCCACAGCCAGCUCAGUGACUCUAAUCCUGCUGCUGAUUGUGCUUUUUGUACUUCUGCAGCCAAAACUCAAGUCCCUCCAUCGACGUGAUCCCGGUGUGACGGGCCAACCCAUAUCCAUCAUGGUGGAAGGAGUCCAGGUGACUCUGCCCUCCUACGAGGAGGCUGUGUGCGGCGGCGGAGCCUCAGCAUCAACUCUCAGCUCCGAGUCUCGAGUCCAGAUCGUGUUGUCCGAGGGUCAGCAUGCCACCGCGCCAGAGGCUGGCCCCUCUCGGCCUUCUUCCCUGAAACAGCAGCAGUCAGAGAUGGCUGUUGUCCAUCCUAUACCACCCUCCUCCUCCUCUUCUUCCCCAUCACCCUCCCCCUCAUCCUCCACCUGGGUACUGGAGCAAGUAGGUGCUGCUGCUCCUUCUUCAUCACAAAGAAGGCGCUCUGCAGGCAGCGAGCAACACAGCCUGUCUCUGGACUCUGAGAUGGACUACUCUGAUGAGAUGCCAUUAUUGAAGGAGGCCUGAAAAAUGCUGCAGCCUUUGAACUUCACAGAGACAACCAGCAAUGCUUCUAACCUGUACUGUGAGGGGGGAGGCCUUGUGAGAUUCUUGUCAACACAGCUGUCGACACAGAAGAGUCCGACAUACAGUAAGAGGCUCUGAGUGAAGCUUCAAGUCCCAUCCCAAAGGAAAAAAGAGAAGAGAUUCACAUGUACAUACAUGCUUACAUUUUUUACAGGACUUCCUACACUAUGUAUGUCUAAUGUCUGGAGCUGGAUUUGAAAUGUAGAACAUAAACAUAAAAGAGUCAGUAUCACUGAGUUUGGAAUGAAAAAAACUGUGCGGGCGAAGCUGCAAACUGAUUUUUGGGAGCUUAUAAUCUCACCAGUGUCUUGAUAACUGUAACUUUUAAUAAACCACAUAUCACACCAUUUAAGACACAUUUGCAAAGAUGCAUAAAGUCAUGCACACUUUCAAAGAUUUUUGUGAUUAUGAAUUAUAUUUAAGAUGUUUUCAACCAUGACUCGCAUCAUGUCACAUGCCACUGUACAGUUAAAAGCUGUUUGUCCAUCCAAGCAUUAACCCUUUUUUUAUGUAAUUGUGGGCAAACUUUUAUUUUUUAGGAGACUUAUUGUUUCACACCUGCAUUCAACACAUUUUCUCCUUUCAAAAAGUCUAGAAGUAUUCUCUUCAAACACACACCUGCUCCCUAUGGCCUUAGCUUUCCACUUCUAUGCACAAGGAUCUAUAACACGUGAAAUGAGAAGUUUUCAAAAUGAAUGUCAGUUCAAUGCCUCCACUGCUUAGUGAUUCCAUGUGUGGCUUUGUCAGACACGUCACUUGUACAAUGGGAAAUAUUAUUCUCUUAAUUUAUGCAGGCUGCUUGGAUAAUGUAUGUUUAAUUUAUUUGUGUCCAGAGUGCUGUUGAUCAGCCAUGACUUCUUUUGAUGCUUCCACAGCUCUUGGUGGGGGGGGGGGGUCUUUCUUCUUUCUCUGUCGCUUUAGUUCUGAUCAUUCUGCAGGCACGUUCUAUGUGGCACUGUAAACAUGAAUGGAAAGAGCCAACACAAAAUGAGUAAGUGUAGAUAUAAAUGUAAAGUCGGUGUUCACUUUGUUUGACUGUCCAUUGAAUUCACUUUUGGACUGAGGAAGGGAUUUAUUUUAAUAGCUGUUAUUUUAAUGUAUGUACAAAGUUCUAAUUUAAGUUUACUCUGUAUAUACCAUCCUGUGAUUUUGAUUAAAUAUUAUUUGACGUGUUCA